AUGUCUAAUUUAUCAGAUACUAUAGGGCUUUCUGAUCAUGAAACCUCUCAAAUUAAACAAACACAAUCAUUAAAAAAACAAACCUCUCUAGAUAGCUUCUUGUCAUAUAAGGGUGUUACUGAAAGUGAAGGUUCUAGCCCAGAAGAAUCAGAUAAUGAUAUAAUUUCUGAACAAUAUGAAAUUUCAGCAGAAGCAUCUUCACCCUCUACUAUAUCUCGUUCAUUACAAAUACCU